CGACGUUCCCCCACACCGAGCUGGGGGGCGAGACUUUAGCGGACGCGGCGUGUGUUUUGGGCCCGGAGUAACGUAUGGUCGUGUUUCUGGGGACAUGGAGGAGGAAGCCUCGCUCACGACAGUGGCUUUGACAGCCAUUGUUUACAAAGACGUCACCCCCGAGCGGAUAACGAGGCAUUUAAACGGACAAAUGUCUCAUCUGCGCCGCUUCUCUGUAUCAAUACGCGCCGUGUGAAACGCGAAGGAGCACUACAUUGUCUUAAAGCCCGCCAUCCUAAACCGCUGCGUCCAACAGAGGCUCUAACGGAGAAAACACACCUGGCUAAAGGCUCAACAUGCUCCCUGACAGCCAGUAUCCACGUUGCUCCARCGUCACCGGUUGAAGCCUCCUCCUCGUUCCCCUUUCCCUCCCCGCCCCCGGCCACUCGUCCGCCAUGUCGCAGGGUCAGAACUUCCUUCCCAAGUUCCUGUUCGUCUCCAACCUGCUGAAAGCCGUGAAGAUCCGUCAGCGAGUGCCCAACGACGUGGUGAAGCCCGCCGCCCGGGGCGACCUCAUGCACCACCUGCGCGGGAUGCACCGCCACACGCUGGAGAUGAUCGCCAUGAACCACUUCCCCCAGGCCUUCAGGGAGGUGGUGCAGGCCGCCAUCCUGGACCGGGCGAUGCAGGCCUCGUUGGAGCAGGAGAAGAAGCUCAACUGGUGCCGGGAACUGAAGAAGAUGGUGCCGUUGCGCACCAAUGGAGAUGGGAACUGUCUGCUUCACGCUGCUUCUCAGUACAUGCUCGGGGUUCAGGAUACGGACCUGGUGCUGCGGAAAGCUCUCCACGGGGCCCUGAAAGAGACGGACACUACUGUGUUUAAAGCUCGCUUCCAGGCAGAGCUGCUGCAGUCCCAGGAGUUCACACAGACCGGACUCAGAUACACCACCUUGAACUGGGAGGAGGAGUGGGAUAAAAUWGUAAAGAUGGCAUCUCCGGUGUCUAGUAGCAACGGCCUCCAGUUUGACUCUCUGGAGGAGAUUCACAUCUUCAUCCUGUCCAACAUUCUUCGCAGACCCAUCAUCGUUAUUGCAGAUCAGGUUGUCAGAAGUAUGAAAUCUGGCUCCUCCAUCUCUCCUUUGAACGUUGGAGGGAUUUAUCUACCUUUACAAUGGAAGCCAGCAGAUUGCUACAAAUACCCAAUAGUCCUUGGCUACGACUCCCAGCACUUCGCACCCCUCAUCACCGUCAAAGACAGCGGUCCAGAGAUUCGAGCGGUUCCACUGAUCAACCCGAAGCGAGUGAGCUUUGAGGAGCUGAAGGUGCACUUCCUAAUGGAGAAAGAGCAGCCUCAGAAAGAGCGGCUUCUUAACGACUACCUGCUCAUCAUAGAGAUCCCUGUCAUAGGCAUGGGCCACGACACCAUGAAAGUUGCACGACUGGAUGAGGGGAACCUUCCUGAAGACAUGAACCUGAUGGAGGACUACCUGCAGCUCGUCAACCAYGAGUUUCAGCGCUGGCAGGAGGACAAGGAGCAAGCCUGGGCCGCCCAGCCUCAGCGCCCCCCACCGUUCUCCGUCUCUCAGCUCUCCCUCAUCGAGAUCCGCUGCGCCACGCCGCGGUGCACCUUCUACGUCUCCGUGGACACGCAGCCUCAUUGCCACGAAUGCUUCGAGAAGCGACAGGCCACCACGGGGGGAGGGGUGAGGACAGAAGGGGUGGUUCAGACCAAGGGCGUGCAGGGAGGGCUGGGGGUGACGGGAGGAUCAGAGGCCGAGGUGAGCUCCAGAGGGGCUCGAAGCAGUAGUCCACCGUGCUCUUCCUCUGGGAGAGGGGUGGUCCUGUCCAGUCCCCGCUCGGCCCCGCCCACCGCUCCCAGCCUCAGUCUUUACAGCGAAACUCAUGCCAUGAAGUGCAAAACACCCGGCUGCCUCUUUACUCUCAGUGUGGAGCAUGAAGGACUUUGCGAGCGCUGCUACAACUCCAGACAGAACCACGGACCCCCCGGUGCGGGKACAGUUGCUACAGGGCUCCCCGGCCCCAAUGGGGUACCCGUCGUUCCCCACCCGGCUUCAGGCCCUGGCUGGACCCAGUGGGGGGGUUGCGAGACAGAGACGGAGCGAUGCAGCAUGUGCCGACAGGAGGCGUUYAGGAUAUUCAACGGCCUGUGUCCUCCCUGCAUGCAGAGGCAGCUGGCUCCAGAGAGGGGYGAGCCGCAGCAGAGCAACUCCAGGACUGAGGCUUCUGCUUGGAGCCAGGCUAGAGACACUGAGCAGCCAUGCCUCACGCUAACCCCGGGACACACGUCAGCCUGGCAGGCCCCUCCUGCCCGGCCCUGUAAAAGAUCCGGCUGCCAGUUUUUUGGGACACCAGAGAAACUGGGUUUCUGCACUAUUUGCUAUGUAUACUAUCAGACCAACCACCACCUGACGCCUCCUCCGCCUGCCCCGGUCCAGAGCAGGUACGGUUUGGAGGCAGGCUUCCAGAAUGCCACACGGUGUCGUGGGUCCGGAUGUGGCUCAGCUGGGAAGGCGAUGCUAGAGGGCUACUGUGAYAAGUGCUACGUCAAAGAGCAGACUGCACGUCUCAACCAAGUGGUGCACAGGACUCCUUACUCUCCYCCUCUGCGUGAGCGAGCAGCUAAACCCAGAUCUUCGCAGCAAUCCCAGACCCAGACUCAGUGCCGGCGGAGUGGCUGCAGCAACGUGUCCCCGGGUUGCACAGACCUCUGCCCGGAGUGCCACACGCGCGGCCAGGGACGGGAAGCGGGCAGGCGGGCGCAGGCGCCCAAAGAGAAGUCGAAGCAGAGGUGUCGGACACAAGGCUGCGACCACUAUGCCAACCAAGAGAAACAGGGCUACUGCAACGAGUGCGACCACUUCAAACAGAUCUACCGUGGCUGAUCACAUGCGGCAAACAGCGACGACACACCGGUAGCACGUUCCAGCCACCGCCCUGCCGCGGGCUCCCCAUGCCAGUCAAUGCACCUCUGAUACUAACUAACCAAUUAACUAAGUAGCUAGUGACUAACUAGUAACCUUAUGGCCUGAAAAUCAAACACCCUUAUGUCGAAUGUGAAGAGAGAGUGUGUAUGUGUGUGUGUGUUUGCRGUAGACAUGGCCUCCAGAAUACCUCUCUGUGCAUUUAUGAUCAUCUUGAUUCGCUGUGUGCUCUCACACGGUUAGAGGUUUGGCUCCAUGUCAGCGCAACUGGCCUGACUCUUGUGUACAGUCUGUAUUUAGAGGUACGUAGGGAAUCGUGCCGGACAAAAUGAUUGUAUAUUGGCAUAACAAGAAGCAUCUGACAUUGCUUUAUAGACCACAGCCAAGGAUUUUUACCCCAACUGUCUGUACGUCUUUAACCCAUCUGUGUAUCUGUCUGCCUGUCUGUCUAGCAUUAGCUCCGAGAGAGAGAYGCAGGGGCGUGGCAAGCCCAACGACAAAUCUGUGGAAGUAGUGGGAAGAAGUGAGGCAAACUGAGCCAAGGCGAGCGAGUCACACGUUUGGAAUUCAUUUAAGUUAUAAUCAACAUUUUUAUUUAGCUUAAAAUCCUUAAUUUAUGUCCUCUAUUAACAAAGUCGUGCCAAAAGAGACUCUACGAAACAAUCGUUUUCCAUUGGUCUACCGGUGGCAAUGCAAGUUUAUAUUUUCAACAAAAUCAUCGUUGCCACUUAUCCAAGUAAAAUUAAAUAGGAGCACGUGGAAACGCUCAAAGAAACUCGUGUGACGAAACAGUGCGAGACAGACAGGGCUGGCCCCUGCUAGUUUUGGUGCUMCGUGUACAGAAACACAAACCUCUCCGAUGUAGCCAACGUGCUGAUGUCAGCGGCCAGAAGGCAGAGAACACAGAGACAGGACUCCCCCCCUUUUUUUUCUUUUUCUAUCCUCUUAUUUCACCCUCCUCUUCUCCAAAACAGAUCUGUUGCCUUGGACAUUGUUUUCAUGUUUACUUGCAACUUAAGCACCUAAAAACCACAAACUAGACAUGCACACGCAGAUGUUGUAUAACCAGUCGCGUCAGAUGAGGAUUGUUCACAAAACAAAGGCCUUAUGAAAGUAUGAAGGCAUGGCAGAUUAGAUAACUCCCCACAUUUCCACCACAUACACACAUUUGCACAUCUGAACACAGCUCUGUGAGAUUAUAUGCCCCCCAUCCCCUCCACCACUCACCCCAGCCGGAGGUGGUUUGUAGGCAAACGAACCCGCAAAGUCUUGCGCUUCUCUGCUAGUCUCUGCUCAGCRUACCAGGGUGACAAUUUCCAAACUUCAGAGAGCAAUCCUGUUGCCUGCCUCGGCAAACCUUGUUUAUCUGAAUGUGUUUCGUGCCGUUUUUCUGCAACAGCACACUAUUGGGGCUGAUCCUCGAUAAGUUUUGCCUUUAAGUAGUUCUAAAUAAUUUUAUGGACCAUAGGGRGCCUGGUCGAUGAUCUCGAUCUGCGCCUCCACCUUUUAAAAAAACAAACAAAAAAACAAACGCUUUUGUGAAUAUGGAACUUAGUUCAUAUGUUAGGACCUUCCAACCCGAUGCCUCAUCUUUUAACAUAAAACACAAAAAAAAGGCGCACUUGCACGUGCGUCUUGAAUAAACAAACAAAAAGAAAAGAACUGACAUUUUUAUUUCCUUUGCUGGUUUUCGAUUUUAUUUUUUAUUAACGUAUUUUGAUAUGUUUGGUUUUCUUUUAACCAAAAUACAAAAACAAGAAGAGAAAAAAAUAACGUGCCAUCAGUUGCCAAACAGUUGUUGUUACCUCCUUAAAAUGACCAGCCUGGGUUAUUCUAGACUAGCURAAGUGCCACAGAUGGACAUCUUCAUGUCAAGAUUUCUCUCUGCAACGCUACACGCGAACGCUCUUUCUAYAAGCGUGUUUGGUUCAAAAUAAGAAGAAAUAUUUAUCUUAACAGAUAACCUCAAGCAUACAAUUUUAAUCAAACUAACGUGUGAUAUCCACUGCAGCAGACUGCCACUGAACACUUACUCUGCUGUUGAUSUCCAUCUGUGGCUUUAGUUAGAAAUGACUAUCAGGCUCUCGGUCYGCCUUUUCAUUCAACUGUAUCUGAAGCUGUCAGGCCAGCCCACACGCUGACGGCCUGUGCGUAGAUCUCUGUGUGCUUUAAUCACCUCUAGACGAACCUUAAUCAAUGGAAGGCCAAUUAGUGGUCGGCUCAUCAGGACCCCUAACAGCGUUUUGGGGGCUCUGACUGAUUUUUAUUUUAUUUUUUAUUUUUUAAAUUUUUUUAUUUUUAUUUUUGCCCGGGUGGAGAUCAUAUAAAUUGCACAUGAUUUGUCUAAGCUGCUGAGGCAUUUCGGAAUGGUACUCUUGACUUGUGUAGGGGACAUUCCAUCGGUGGAAAAAAAAAAAGAAAAAAGAAAACGUAUUGGCUUACAAGCAGAAAGUGUAACAAAACAAAUGCAAAUGGUUUUGAAAGUUUCUUUUGACAAUAGGGUAUUGUAUGAAAAAGCCUGGUUUUAUUUGUUAAGUAUUUAUUCAUAUCAAGAUAUCUGUGUGUGAUUCAACAAUUAUUUAUAUGUUGUCCUGAAAUGAAUUAUUUUUAAUAAGAAAACUGACCAUUGUG